AUGGACUAUGGGCGAGAGGAUGAGUCGCUCAUAAUACCAGUCAACUUCUCAACUGAGUGGCGUCAAAUUUUCAAGCGAGGCGCACAACAGACUGCUUCAAUCUGCAGUGUUCCUGUCUCUGAAGUUGGUUUGGGAGAAGAUGAAUACUGCGAUGACAAUGAAGGGCCGGUCUGCGAGGAAUUGUCCGAGCACACAACGAUUAGACAAAGUCACACUUUCAUCAACGAUGGCCCUUCGGCCACUCAUGGGCCAACUGAAUCUCUUGAAGAUUUGAAGGCUGAAAGUGUGCCAGGUAUUCCCAAGGAUCUGGUUGGUAACCUUCUAAAGGAGUGA